UGCAGAUACAGACUCUAAAAUGUAGUGAAGUAAAAGUAAAAGGUAUUCAUCAUAAAAUUUACUUCAGUAAAGUAAAAGUACCUAUUUUUUUUACAAUACAUUCUGAUAUAGGUGACAAGAUGCCUGUUAGCAUGAUGUAAAACGUUUUUUUUUUUCUUUUUUUCCCCCCUUUUUUCCAGCAUUGGCAGAGACACCCUGGCUGAUAUAGUCAAACACUAUGAGGAGAAUUGGGCAAGACCACGUUUGAGGAAGAAGCACUCACUGCCACGUCCACCAGCCAGGUUCAUCAGCCCUGAGGAUAUCAACAGAGUUGUGGACUUCAUAAAAAACUAUGCAGAAGACAAUGCCAUCAUGCUGCCUGGCCGACAGCCUGGGCAUAAGGAUUGGCAUGUGAAGUUGCUGCCAACUCAUGUGUCCAAGGCCUCAGUGUGGCAUCUCUACAUGAAGUCUGCUAAGGAGCUUGGUGAGCGUGCAGUUUGUAAAACCAGCUUCAAAGCACUGUGGAACCGCCUUCUCCCACACAUCAAAAGUUGCCGGCUGCGCACAGAUCUCUGCUGGCAGUGCCAGAGCAAUAACGAGCAGCUGAUAUGAAGUGCAAACCUCCCAGAUGAUAGAAAGUCUAAAGCAGUAAAGAAGCAACAAGAUCAUCUUUCCCUUGUGCAGAAAGAGAGGGCUGUGUACAACGACAUGACUGCUGCCUGCAGAAAGAUUUGCUCUGGCUCUAACUUUUCUUUUGGACCGUCCCUACCAGCAAGCAAGAAGAUUAGGAUGCAUAACAGUUUUGAUUUUGCUCAGCAGGUAACAUUUCACACACAUUUACUUUACUUUAUUAAUGUCCCUUAAAGGGUGAUUAGGUGCAUGAGAAUAAGCAGCCUGAUAAUAGCGCAAAUGCAGAAUAGCAUCAAUAUAGUAAUUUUUAUCUUUAUUAGACAGUUAUGAAUAUACACAAAUUUCAUUUAAUCUAAUCCAAUUUCCCUCUCUCCCUCUGUCUCCUACAGUUACACUUUCCCUCAAACCCUCUCCAGCCAGGACCAAUGUACUUCCUGACCCCACAGAAAUGUGGCCUAUUUGGUGUUUCCUGUGAAGGGCUGCAUAAACAGGUGAAUUACCUGAUUGAUGAAGGCAUGUCAUCUACUAAGGGAAGCAAUGAAGUCAUCAGCUACAUGCAUCAUUUCUUCGGCAACUUUGGAGUUGGAGAAACAGAGGUGGAUCUUCAUUGUGACAACUACAGUGGGCAGAACAAGAACAACUUUCAUGCUCUGGUACCUUGCCUGGCAGGUUGGACACAAGCUUCACGAUAAAAUUGAAAUCAACUUCCUUAUUGCUGGCCACACCAAGUUUUCCCCUGACUGUGGCUUUGGACUCAUCAAGCAAGCCUACAUGAAGAGAAGAGUCAACACUUUGACAGACAUCGCUAAGGUUGUGGAAAACAGCUCUCCUGUGAGUCACCUCAAUAUCCCACAGCUUGUUGGAACGGCAGAGGGCAAAAUUUUAGUCCAGACCUUCGACUGGCAGCAGCAUCUGACUCACCACUUCCGUAGACUCCCACAGAUCAAGAGUUAUCAGCACUUCAGCUUUGACGCCAAGAGACCAGGUGUGGUGCUUGCAAAAACUCACCGUGAUGCACAACCUGUCGAAUAUCAGUUACUGCGCGACGGAGCAGAUCUGCCCCCUAUCGACGGUCUUCCUGUUCUGGGCCCACCUGGACUGAACAUUGACAGGCAGACCUAUCUGUAUGAAAAAAUCAGGCCAUUCUGUGCUGACGAGGCAAGAGACAUCACAUGCGCAGAGCCAAGGGUCAAAACACAGAAGAGACCACAGAAGAGGAUGCGAAUGUGAUAUCAUUGGACAUUGAAAGUGCUUGAAUUUAUUUUGUGCAAUAAGUUUUCUGGAAGAAAUUCCAUAUUAUUCUCUCCGGUCCGAUAAUGUGUUAUUUCGCCAACACUUCAUGGACUAUGCUUGAUUUAGUUAGUUACUUGCAUUUCCGCGUUAUGUUAAGUGUUUCCCGCGUGAGGUAAUUUUUUGUUGUAUGUUGCCAUGAUGUUCACGCCCGCACAAAACUACUACGGUACCUCAGCGUUUCACAGACACACUGUGAAAUGACUGGUUGCAUGAGCCUAAGCUCUUUUCAAUAAAAUCCAUGCAAAAGUUAAUAUCAGAUCAUUUUAGAAUACAGUAUAGGAUGUACCGAAUAUUCUU